AUGGUUAUUCCCAUGGCUCUGUUGCACUUGGCUCUUCAGGCUAUGGGCUUCACACCCAUCGGCCCUUCAGCAGGAUAUCUUGUGGCGUGUGUUCAGGGCAUGAUUGGAAACGUUGCGCCUGAAAGCUGCUUUGCGAUACUUCAAAGCGCGGGCAUGGGUGGUUGUGGUGCUGAGAUUGCCAAAAUUGCAACUCGGCUUGCUGCAGAGCCGUCAUUCUCUGUACUCUAUGACGUGAUUAAGUCAGGGAACUUCACGUGUGCUGUUUAA